ACAAAACCCACCGAACUUACUAGGGUUUCUCUCUUUCUUUUUUUCUUUGUUUUGUUUCUGUUUCUUCAUUGAAUAUUUUUCUCACUAAAACCCAACUACCUUUUACUUCACUUUGUAAACUCCGCCAUCCAAAACCCUUCUGAGUAUUCGAUCCAAAAAUGCUUAAAACUGAUCAGUAACUCUGUUUUUGUUUUGUUUGUUUGUCUAAGCUUUGUUCAAUAAGUUAUAGUCUUUGACCUUGAUCUUUUUCGCCAACAAAUCUAAAUUGUCACCAAGAGGGUCAUAUUGAGAGCAAGAUUGGUUUUUUGAGUUCAUGGCGGUUGUGAGGGAUUCAAGUCUUAUUAGUGGUGGAAUUAUUGGAAAAAACCACCCGUGUUUAGAUUUGAAGAAUCGGGUUUUAGGCAGGCCGGUUUUUGCUCGUGGGAUUUGUUUUAAUGGAGGGAAGGUGAAGGGAAAGAUUGGGGUUGGAGUAAGAGCUGCAGUGCAAGUGAAUGUGGAGGAAUCAAAGGGUUUGCAGCGUGAGUUGAAGGGUUUAAGGGGGGUUUUGGGGUUUGAUGUGGUUUCGGAGGGGGAGUUGAGGGAGAAGGGGUUUUUGGGGAUGAGGAAGACGAAGCUCGUGUGCACAAUUGGGCCGGCGUGUUGCUCGUUGGAGGAUUUGGAGAAGUUGGCAUUGGGAGGAAUGAAUGUGGCUAGGCUUAAUAUGUGCCAUAAUGGGAGGGAGUGGCACCGGGAUGUGAUUCGGAAGAUUAAGAGAUUGAAUGAGGAAAAGGGGUUUUGUGUUUCAGUCAUGAUUGAUACUGAAGGUAGUCAGAUUCAUGUGGUGGAUCAUGGGGCUCCUUCUUCUGUCAAAGUAGAGGAUGGUUCAAUCUGGUUGUUUACUGCAGAAAAGUUUGCAGGUUCUCGUCCAUUCACAGUUCAAGCUAACUAUGAGGGUUUUUCUGAAGGUAUUGAGGUAGGAGAUGAACUUGUGAUUGAUGGUGGAAUGGCAGGGUUUGAAGUCAUAGAAAAGAUUGGGAGUGAUUUGCAUUGUAAGUGUACAGACCCUGGUUUAUUCCUACCUCGAGCCAAAUUGAGCUUUUGGAGAGAUGGGAAGCUUGUGGGGAGAAAUUAUGAGCUUCCUACUCUAUCAGCGAAGGAUUGGGCUGACAUUGAAUUUGGAGUAUCUGAAGGUAUCGAUUUCAUUGCCAUGUCAUUUGUAAAUGAUUCUGAUUCUGUCAAGCAUCUUAAGAAUUACCUCUCCUCCAAAUCAUCCAAAUCCAUAAGAGUAUUGGCAAAGAUCGAGAGCUUGGAGUCUCUACAGAAAUUGAGAGAUAUUGUAGAGGCUUCAGAUGGAAUCAUGGUAGCUCGGGGUGACCUUGGAGUUGAAAUCCCACUUGAACAGAUUCCUUCUGUGCAAGAAGAAAUAAUUAAUGUCUGCAGGCAACUAAACAAACCAGUUAUUGUAGCAUCUCAACUUCUUGAGUCCAUGGUUGAAUAUCCAACCCCCACACGUGCUGAGGUUGCAGAUGUUUCUGAAGCAGUUCGGCAGUAUGCUGAUGCUUUGAUGCUUUCUGGUGAGUCAGCUAUUGGUUUAAAUGGACAGAAGGCUCUUUCUGUCUUGCGGAUGACCAGCAGUCGAAUGGAAACAUGGGGUCGUGAAGAAAGCCAACAAACUCUUCUCCCUCAGCAUCAACUAGGAGUAUCAUUGCCGGAUCGUAUUGCUGAACAGAUAUGCAAUUGUGCUGCAGAAAUGGCUAACAAACUUGGCGUGGAUGCCAUCUUUGUCUACACAAAACAUGGACACAUGGCCUCACUGCUAUCACGUAACCGUCCAAACCCUCCCAUUUUUGCAUUCACCAACAAUGAUAAUACCCGCAAGGCUCUAAAUUUGCAGUGGGGAGUAACUUCCCUCCUUGUUGAUUUAUCGGAUGACAUGGAAGCUAACAUCUCAAAAACCAUUAAUCUAAUAAAAAGAACAGGGAUGUUGGAACAAGGAGAUGCUGUUUUGGUGGUCUCAGAUGUCACUCCAACUCUUGCAACCCCAAUGGCUUUCCAAUCAAUCCAGGUCAAGACCAUUGCUUAGCAAGGCCUUUUUACUUCAAUAUGCUGUUUAGCCAUCAAUGAUAAGGUGAAAGACAAUGUGGGUUCUUUGAGUCCACCGGAGGAAUAUGUGUGUCAGCGUUUUUCCCACCAUUUUAAUGUAACUUUAGAUUUUAUGUGUGUAUCAAAAAAAAAAAAAAAAGAUUUUAUAUGUGAUUCUUGCUCAUCUCCAUGAUAGCAGAUUCUUGCUCAA